AUGCCCAUACACUUCGCCACCUUACGGGCGCGGCUGGAGCGCGCGCCGUCGCCGCCUGCGCGGCCGGCGGGCGGCCCGGCCUACCCCGUGCUGCGGGCCGUGGCGCGCGAGCCCGCCGCGCCGCCCGCGCCGCACCGCCCCGCCAAGCUGCACGCCGGCCAGAUAUCCCUGCCGCUCCGUCACAUAACGAAGCACGACAUCAAGGUGAUCCCGAGCGAGCGCCGGGAGCUGCCGCCCAUCAACGCGGAGGCGGAGGCGCCGGCGGCGGACGGCAGGCCGGAGCGGCCCGACGGCAGGCCCGAGCGGCCCGACGGCAGCCGCGCGGCCUGA